ACUGACAGGGGUUGGUCAUAUGUUAGUGGAUAUAUUCUGAAAUAUGAGAAACCCAAAUAAAUCUCGGUUUUGGUGUCGUACAUCAGUCUCUUGAUGGACCCAUGUAAUACAAAAUAAACGGCCUCACUGUCUGUAUUAGGCAUUGCGCCCCACAAAUUCGGAAAUGGAGCUCCGUGUGGGGAACAAAUACAGACUAGGCCGUAAAAUAGGUAGCGGAUCGUUUGGAGAUAUAUAUUUAGGGACGAAUAUAUCAACUGGUGAGGAAGUUGCAAUUAAAUUAGAAAGUAUUAGGACUAGACAUCCGCAGUUACAUAUUGAGUCGAAGUUCUACAAGUUGAUGCAAGGUGGAGUCGGCAUACCAUCCAUCAAAUGGUGCGGUUCAGAAGGAGAUUAUAAUGUUAUGGUGAUGGAGCUCUUGGGUCCAUCUUUAGAAGAUCUCUUUAAUUUUUGUUCACGUCGGUUUUCGCUGAAGACUGUUCUCUUACUGGCUGAUCAACUGGUUUCUCGAAUAGACUACAUUCACAGUCGGAACUUCAUACAUCGAGACAUAAAACCUGACAAUUUCCUCAUGGGGUUGGGCAAGAAAGGAAAUCUAGUUUAUAUAAUUGACUUUGGUUUAGCCAAGAAAUAUCGUGAUGGACGCUCUCAUCAACAUAUCCCGUAUCGAGAGAACAAGAAUUUGACUGGUACUGCACGAUAUGCCAGCAUCAACACUCAUCUUGGCAUAGAACAAAGCCGUAGAGACGAUUUAGAAUCACUGGGGUAUGUUCUCAUGUACUUCAACAGGGGGUCGCUGCCUUGGCAGGGGCUGAAAGCUGCUAAUAAACGACAGAAAUAUGAGCGAAUCAGUGAAAAGAAAAUGUCAACUUCCAUUGAUGAGCUCUGCAAAGGUUAUCCAGCCGAAUUCCAUGCCUACCUAAACUACUGUCGCUCAUUGCGGUUUGAAGAGCGGCCUGACUAUUCUUACCUUCGUCAGCUAUUUCGGACACUCUUUCAUCGUCAGGGCUUCACGUACGACUAUGUAUUUGACUGGAACAUGCUGAAAUUUGGAGGAUCUAGACACGGAGGACCAGAAGAACAGCAGCGUGAGCGACGUUUUACAUCGAGAACAGCUCAAGGUGCUACAGGUCCUGCUGUAUGUACAGGGGCUGCAGCAGGAGGAGUUGGUGCUACUAGCCGUCGCACUCAGACACCAUUCGAUACAGUCAAUACUCCCCCAGGCAAUGCUCCUCCAGUUACCACAGCAAAUCCUACAACUGCAUCUCCCCGAGGGCGUGCUGGUGAGGUACAGGAAAGAAGAGUUAGUAUGCGGUUACAUAGAAGUGCCACCGGUGGAGCACCAAAUGUUUCCACAUCAGACCUGACAAAUACACGCAAUCCUGAUGUGUCUAAGCAGACCAACGCCAACGUGGCUCAGAUGGCUCCACCAGUCCCAACGGGGCUGAGCCCCGGGGGAGGAGGGGCCGCAGGGGGGGGAGGAGGCUCUGCUCAUAGAGGGAGCUUGUCCAAGGAUAGCAUCGUGCGACAUACCAAGAAAUGAAAGAUUGGUGUUAUUGAUACUAAAACUGUGAUCAAAAAGCCAUUGUAUUGAGUCAAACAGUUGUCUGCUCCCUCAAUAAAUGCUUUGAUUAUUCAGUAUGACAGUCUGAACUGAAAGGUAUGAAUUCCUCUCAUGGGGUUUGGGAGCAUAUGCUGGAGGCGGAUGUGUUGGAAGUUGAGCCUGUGAGUACAAGCAGCUCUCAGUUGUGUUGCCUAUGUGAUGUCUGUGAAGUUUGAUAACUAUCAUCUGGAGGAAUAUUACAUCAAUAUGUGCACUGUGUUGGUAAAAAAACUGAUUAAAUCAACAGAAUUAUUAGUAAAAAGAUUACUGGAAAAAUACCCACUUUGGGUGAAGGUUGUCUACAAGAAAUAUGUUUAAAAAGACUUUAAAAAAAUUACCCACCUUGCAUUUUAUAAGAAACAUGCCUUUGUAAUUUUAAAUGUGAAUUUUGGCAAAAUCAAUUGUGUAUUGCAAUUUCUGCGAGAGAAUGGAGCUGUUGUGUAAGGAGAAUGAGUCUGCUGUCAGGACAUCUCUCUCUCUCUCUCUCUCUCUCUCUCUCUCUCUCUCUCAUGUGCGUUUGUGUGCCUGCAUGUGUAAAGAGUGGUGUGUGUGUGUGUGUGUGUGUGUGUGUGUGUGUGUGUGUCCAAAGUUGUCUAUGUUUUGUUUCAUACACAUAUGAAGCAGCUGAUAUCUCAUACAGAAAUGAAAUAUGUUUUAAUGUUUUUAUGUAGAUAUAUUUUAUUCUUUAAUUAAACUAGUCAUUCACUCCCUUCAUGUUAUUUGACUUCCGUGCAGCAGAGAGAAAUUUAAUGAGCCAAGCUGUCUAUGGCUGACAUCUAAAUAACAGAAUUUUUGUAAUGCGAUUUCCACUAGUUCUUGUUGUUGAGAAGCACCAGAAAACAAAGAAACCAUCUUUUUUCCAGUUACCUAGAGUCAGACACAUGGACAUAGCGAUAUUGAAAUAUAAUUCCUAAUUUUUAUUUAUAUUCUAGAGAUUGUGUCUUGUUUAAUUGUUUAUAAACAUUUUUGUAUGUGAUAUAUUUUAAUUAUUGUUCUACACAAUUAUUUUGUAUUUUUGCAUUGCAGAAGCAAUGUUCAUAACAUUUCCUAGCACCAGUUCUGUGUUUUAAGUUACAGAGAAAAUUUUGAAUACUAGAAUAGUUAUCCGUGUAAUGAAUGAUGUGAACCUUCCCCUUGCUCUUAGGUAUUAUUGCCUUUGCUACAAAAAUUACAUUUCAAUUGCCUGUAACAGAUGGAAUGUAUUUAUCCAAGCUAUUUUCAGAACUGCUUAUUAUAAGGAACAAUAACAAUUUUGCACUAACUACAUUGUAAGACUGAUUCCUGAUACAGUGGUGUUGUUGUAGAAAUUUGGUUUUAAUAAUGGAAAAUUGUUUGAAUAGGUGUGUAUAUAAAUUAAAAUUUGUAUGUAUUGUGUGCUUUGUAAAUUGUUCAUGUUAUACGUAUUGCCUUUGAGAACGUAGAAAAUGCUAGUUAUAUCAUUUAGACAGUGUGGUUGUUGGAUGUUGAAAAAUAAUUCUGCAAAAAGAACUUCUUAGUUUAUUCCCUUAUUAUCAAAAUAAAUUCUGCAACCAAUCAUUUAAAAACUGUUGUGAGAACAGUUUCAGGUUUAAAUGUCCUGUGUGUGUGUGUGUGUGUGUGUGUGUGUGUGUGUGUGUGUGUGUGUGGGCGCGCGCAUGCAUGUGUGCGCACUCUGUUAUAAUACAUUUUCGGUGUGGCCUGCAGAUAUUUCUUUUUCCUCCAAAUAGAAAAGGAGUACUAGAACUAUGCACUAAAAUUAAUUUGGUUCCAAACUGGAGCCUGGUGAUUCUGACUUGACAUUUACACAAUAACCUUAAGAUUCUGACCAAAGACUUCAUUCCUUAGAGAACAGAGAAUUUAAAAUACGGUACCCUUCAUAUAGAUACAUAUGUAUUGUGUGGAGCCUGUGGUUUUGUAAAAAUCUCAUUAUGUUUAACACUGUCAAGAAUGGUAACUAGUCCCUCAUAUUUCAUAAAGUGUAUUGUCUCAUUCUGUUUAUGGGAACAAACUACUCUGGCUGUUUAAUACUUCUUUUUUUUUUUUUUUUUUUUUUUUUGUGGAAGCUCGAGCCCUUGGAAGUGGGAUGUGCUGUAUUAUCACCUGUAUGCAAAGGUGUCCGCGACAGGGGCACUUGCACUCUCCCCUUCCCUCCUUGAAUCUGGGAUACAGAGUUUUCAUUCAUAUAUUGAGUGGAUACCCAAUUCUCUGGGAUAGAAUAAGGUUUGUGUAUCACCUAUAAAAUUUGAUUCUUAUGGCAUGACAUCUCAAAACUGACCACCUCAUUUAUAAAAGAAAUGCUGAUUUUUAGAGUCUCAACAUCCACUCCCCACUGCUUGGAAAAAUUUCAGUGAAUACCCAUGUCUGUAAGUGACUGAUAUGGACAUUUCAUCACACGUUAAGAGAGAUGUUUACAUUAAAGUUGCACUGAAGCAAGCAAGGAGUCAAAAAUUGUGUAUUUGUGUAGCUAAAUCUGUGCAAUUGCUUGUUAGUUUUCCAGUGUCAAAAGUUGUUACACAUCAACAUCAUUAAAUUUUCAUAAAGAAAUAAGAUUGAAAUGCCUCAUGCACUUCUGUUAGUUAUAAAAGGAAUUUAAAUUUUCCUUCAAUAGGACAGUAUCUAUUAUGAAAGAGAAAAUUUGGCAGAAAAAUGAGAACUUAUGAGACAGGCAAUAAACUACACAGACUGUUGAAGAAAGAUCCCUCAGUCUUAUUUGAUGUUUCAGUUUGCAGCUUUUUAAGAACUGUAGCAUUUUCUUAGAAUGUAUUCUGCCUACCCAGUCAUCACCAUCAAAAUCUCUUAAAUGUAUUCGGAGUUACAACUGCAGCAGAAUCUUGCAACAGUUAUCAUUAAAAUCACAUUACUCUCUCUCAUGACUAAUUUCUUGGUCUAUACAUCUUUACCAUCAAAAUUAUUUCUCAGAUUUUAUCAGUAUAUGAUAUCAGUGUGGUGUUUAUUGGUAUUUUCAGCUGCCACUUAAGGCUAAAUAAAAUUCUUUCAGUCAUCUACACUGCAAUACUUUCUUCUGCAUAUCUUUUACGAUGCAGUGUUCUUGAAAUUGUUGAUAGUUACAUUAAUAUAAUGAAAUAUCUGGUAUGUUAACUUAAUUUAACGUAUUGAAUAUGUAAUUUCUGAUUACUUGUGACCUCCUCCUUCGAUGCCAAAAAAUAAAAUGUUGGCUAUUGAUCUUUUUCCUGAAAAUUUUUUAAGUUGUAAACUGCUUAUUUCUGUUAUGUUGGUGGUAAAAAUACUGAAAUCCAGUUGAUACUAGUGAUGUCUAUUGAGACAGCUGUUUGACUGCAAUCUGACAGAGGUUAUUUGUUCAGCACAUAAUUGUAGAAAAAUAUCUUUUUGCCCAAUUAGAUGAUUCUGUGUACCUGACACUGUUUACAGCAGUGAAUGGAUCAUGCAGCCCACAUGUGGCAUUUCAUCACAUGUACCAUUUUUAAGAGAAUUAUAGGUCUUUAAGCAAGAAAUGAUAGUGAACACACUCACAGCUAAACAUAGGGCUUUUUGACUUUGCUUUGAGAUUUUUUAAAGUCUGCUAGUCAGUAUAAAGUGCACUCACUUCAGUGAGAUAUAUCUCCAACUUAUUGCUUUAAAAUUAUGAUUUUCAUAAAUUGUGUGCAAACAAUUUUCAUCUUUCUGCAGACUCCACCUGAAAUUCCCACUAAGUUAUCAAAUAGUCAUUUGCUCAAGUAAUUAAUAUUCAAAACACCUAACUGAUGAUUAAACAUAAUGUUAAAGUGGAUGUCUGUAAUUGUCUGAUUUUUUGGGGUUUGGUAGUGUGUUUUUUGGGGGUCUAGUCAGAUUUAUAUAAAGUUGAAUCAUCAGCUUGACUGGAUACCCAAAAGUGUUUUGCCUGUUAACUCAUAUUGACAUUCAUUAUUGAGUCAGGGGUAGUCAACUUUGUUUACCUACUGCCAGCUUCUGUAUCUUUAUUGAUUGUAAAAUUUUCUAGCUGACCACCACUUCAACAGUAAUGUUGAUUUAUGUAAUAGAGAAGUAACUUUAUUUUGUAAGAUUUAUAAAGCAGAGUUAAAGCAUGUAAUAAUAAUUACUUACCAAAUAUUUUAUCCCAAAAUUUUAAGAAAACCUAAUGAAAAUGUUUUUAAAAACCAUACCACCCAUCAUGAAAGCUGUAACGCCCACUAGUGGAUGGUAGAGACUAGGUCGACUACCAUUGAGUUAGACAGUACUGUACAAAGACUGUCACAGUGGAAGUAAUCUAUUAUUAUUUUCCUCUGUCCAUGUAAGUAGUACUGUACAAUAACUCCAAUUCUGGACUAGUUUGCAACAAAUGUUGUAGUUUUGUUUGGAUAAUUUCAUGUUAAAAAAAGUGUUUCAAAAAUCAUUGUAUUAAAAUGCAUACAUGGGAAUUUCAGCACUGCUGUAUCAGUGGUACGUUUUGUAGUAAUAUCACCUGAUAAAUACAGGCAGAUGAAUGUUAGGUAACAGUUUACAGUACAAUUUGAAAUCAAAAUUAGGUACAAACUUCAUAUUCUUCACAUGUAAGAUUAAUUUUUUGGAGGUGGAAAUUUGUCCUACUGAGGUCAUGUUUAAUGAGAAUAAAAAAUAAUCUCCCAUGCCAUGGCUGUUAGCCAUAAAUUCAGUGCACAUUCUAAGGUAUUCAGAUUAGUGAAUUAAAGAUGACAACUCUUCAAUGUAAUCACUGGCCUUCAUAUAUAAAUGCCUUCAUUGCAAUAAUGAGCUGCCUAAAAAUCGGUGCAUCAGUAGUAUAUAUAUCUCAGAGCAUUAGCCACUGAUUCAUAGAAUUUUAAAGUGACAUGUAGCAUCAAAAACAUCACCAGAUGUCUUACUCUGAUUUCAACUAGAGGCUUUUGAAACCACAGCUAAACAUUUCACUUUUUUUGCCACUUACGAGAAACUUGUUGUCAGUGAUCAGUCUGGUCACAGUUUAUUCAAUCGUCUUACAAACUGAUGCUGAACAUUAACUGGAAGUGCUGAGACAAAUGUUUGAGUGACACGGCCCCAUAAAGAAGAAGAGAGAUUUAAUAGUUGCACCUGAUUAACGUGGUUUGGAAUGAGUUAAAGUACUGAAUUUCCUCACACAUAAAAGGAAAUUGCCCUUGCCUAUCAACACGAUUUUGAUGACAAUGUAAAUACAAUCUUAGGUUGGAAUAUAAUGACCCAACAUGAAUAAAAUAUCUGUGUGACUGCUGAUUAACAGUCAGUUUCAGGUACAUAUGUAGCUUAAUGUGAGAAUGUCAAGGAAAUGUGUAGGAGUUUUAUAAUUUUUAAGUACAGUAUUUAAUUAACAGUUCUUCAGUUGAAAAAAGACAAACUUUUGCACUGACAACUGACUGUCAGACAAAAGACAAAGCUUUUGAGAAAAUUGAUUCAUAUGUUCUUAAGCAUCUUCUUAACAAAAAUAUUACCCCAAAUUUGCUGAUGUUAGUAUCCUUUUCAGUUACUGGGCAAGGUAAGAGUAGCUUCUAAGCUGGACAUCAUUCUCAGCUAAAAUCUUUUACUGCUACAGAUGUCACCUCUGCAUUCCAUGAUGAGGGCAAAUUUUGUUAUGACUGUAUUGUUCGCCAAAUGCUGCGCCUGUGGUGAGAGAUGGCCUUCCAACCAGUAUGAAAUACUCAUCAGAUUUUGCAAGAACUAUUAGGUGAAAAAAAUUGAUUUUUGCACAUCUUUCAGUCUGAUAUCUUCACUUGAUAGAGAUCUGUGUUGCUCUUCGUUAUACGUCAUGCUUACUGCAAUGCAUCAAAUUAAGUAAAACAUUGAAUGAAAUUUUAAAGAACUUGCAGAGGUAAAAACACAUUGUGUAUGGUUGAUUUUACUCAUACAGUUGCACUGAAUGAAAUGUAGAUAAGAUAUUGAAAUUCUGUUUAAAAUUGAGAGCAGAAUGAUAUCUCACAUUGUUCUAGAGUUAUUAGGUUUUGUAUCUGACAGACAGUCAUGUGCCACAUGCCCAUUGACAUCCUUCCGCACCAUGAAUCAUGUUGUUAUAAUUCUCAUACCUCGUAAAUGAUGCAAGAUAUUGAAAUGAGGCUUUUUGCAAAUGAUGGCAGGCAAUGAGACAUGUAUGUUGUAUGUUAAAUACAUGCAACGUUUUUAUUCACUGGCGAAGUAGCUUGUCCAGAGCACUGAGAAAUUGGUGAAUCAGGACGCAUACAGAUGUCCAUAGCGCUGUAGGGAAACCAAGUGACACGUGUGUACAUGUCCACAGCACCACGGGAACAACGUAGCAGGACGUGUAAACAUAUCCACAACAGUGAAAGGGUCGAAAACCUUCAUUUGUGAAUGUGAGAGAGCAUAUUAAAAAACUAAAGUUGUAAGAUUUAAGGCUCACAAAAAGCCCUCUCCAGAUACAUAGGGAAAUAAAACUGUUUCAUUUUUUCAUUAUUGUGUAGACGGGCUAGAUAUCUUGACAGGAAAUCUGGUGAACAGUUAAUUUAGUUUCUAUAUCAUGGUUUGGGAUUUUAAUGGGAAACUCUAUGAACAUAGACUGAGAAAUAAGAUAGAACUUUGAUAUCCAAGUACAAUCAUAUGCAGUGCCUCUCAGGGCAGUUCUGAUUAUUCUUUUAUGUUUUCGCAUUUCAGUGAAAUUUUAUCACGUUUAAAUGGCAGAUGGCUAUAUGCGUGCGUGAGAGGGAGAGAUUCAGUUAUAAAGUUGCUCCAUGUAUGCAUUUGUUGGGUCUUUGACUGAUUGGUCUGUAAAAUAAUGACCAUGUUUUUAAUAUUAUGAAAAGUAUGGAUUGCUACUCACAUAUGUCAAAGGUGCUGAGCUGCAGAUAGGCACAAUACAAGACCAUCAAACAAGUAAACUUGCAGCCAAAAAGACCUUCAUCAGAAUUGGAUCUACCCAUGCACGUACACGUGUGCAUUCACAAACACAACUCGCACAUGCAUGACCACAGUCAUGCCAGGCUAGCCAGAGAAAGAGAGAGAGAGAGAGGGAGUGUGUGUGUGUGUGUGUGUGUGUGUGUGUGUGUGUGUGUUCCAAAGGAGACCUUUUUAUCAAAAAAACUUACUUGUUUGACAGUAUUCUGUUGUGCCUGUCUUUCCUGACUCAACAUCUCUGCUAUAUGGUAAGUAGCAAUCUAUUCUUUUCAUAAUAUUGCCACUAUUCCAUCCUGGAUUUUCAUUGUGUGACCACGUUUUCAUUUAUAUCUUAUUGAUUUAGAAAUACAUAUAAUUAAUGGGAGACACUUUUACAGUAUGGAAGUGCAUUUGCAAACUGGAAAAUCACCCACCAGUUGGAUAAAACAUGACAACAUAGUCUUAAUUGUGCCCCAUUUGCAGAAAUAUUUUAAGUAGUUUCUGCUAAGAUUAUUUAAGUGGUAAUUGAGAUCUUGUAGUAUUGUUCAUUUGGGUAUCUAAAAUUUACACUAAAAUACUUUUGAAUCCAGGAUGCACCAUUUCUCAACAAUCACAUGCAGAAAAUUGUUCUCAGUACCUCUGAAAAACCAAUGGACCUGUUGCUAUAUAACUUUAUGGGUAGCCUACAGUAAACCUUUUCACAAAAUUGAAGGGGGAGAAAAAAAAAAGAUUUCGUAUAGUCAUCCUCUCCUUGUUGUUAAGCAAGAAUCAAUUGUGGCAUUGUUAGACUCACUGGUGGUAUCUCAGUGUAUUUUCCUGUAAACAAAGUAUUUCCAUUGUAAGUGGGUACUGUGGAUGAUUUUUGUAUGUGCUUGUGCAUGUUGUUAAGAGAGAGGUGGUGAUGAAGUGAAAUAGGAUAAGUGUUAGAACUGGAACAAGGUAUUUUUUACUGAAUAUUGUCGUGGUUUCUGCCAACCUUAUCAUCCUCAUUAGAUAGUGGUGCACCAUCUAACAAUCGGGAAUUUUGCUUGAGCAGAUAUCAUUCUCCAGCCAGCUAAAUUCUUGUGUGAAAACUUUGUCUUGUGUAGGAUUCAAAUUGGCUAGCUGCUUUUAGGUUAAUCAUAUCAUGCUGCUGCACGUUAAUGACUUCAAGUGUUAAUAUUUUGUUAAGGGUCUUAGAAUCCAAUACAGAUGACUGAUAAAUUUCCACUCAGCUUCACCAUUUGGGCUUGUGAUCAAAAACUAUUAUUUUAUGCACAGUAUACUGAAGAUUGUAAUUAGAUUGCUAAUGAUGAAGUCUGAAAUUGCAUUUUUAAUGUAUGUUACUGAGUAACUUUAUGAGCUGAUGAAACUCACACUUUUCCUUCGUGUGGCUGGUUUCAAGGUUAACAGAAAUAGAUUUUAUGGAAAGAUUCGUCAUUGGUAGUCAUACUUGUCAUGAGACUAUUCAUGUACGUUCACAAAACAAGACUGACUAAUUCAUUUUUUGUGAAUAGGGAAGACUUUUGUUGCAUUGUGUAUACAGUAGUUAUUCUCCUACAUUUUGUGUUAGAGCUAAUUGUAUUUUAGUGCAGGUUUGCUGUCAUUUCUCUUUGUAUGUUGCUGGCAAACAAUCUCAAAUUAGUUACUGUUCACCUAACAAAAUUUACAAAUUUUCUGUCCAAUAAAAGAGAUACCCUAGAAAUUAUGUGAACCACGCACCUGCUGAAAUUUUCCUUUUCUUCAUAAUCAUUACCAAAAAGAAUGUGUCAUUGGUACAAAAGUGAGUUGUAGACAGUUGUUACCAGCUAAAUGGUAUGUAUAGAUUGGCUAAAAGUUGUUUUAUCUUAAGUAAAAGAAGGAAAUGAUAGUAUUAAGUUCUUCAUACUCUCGGUAUCAGUAGAAAAAAGAUAUGUCUGGCAGUACAGAGUAUUGUGUGAAAGGAAGGUGCAGUUAUUCAGAAGUGUUUACAUUUUUAUUUUAAAUGUACCAAAAAUAUCUUUAUAAAGACAGGCAUGAGACACUUUCAGUAGAAUACAGUCUUCAGUAUUCCAUUACAAGCAGUUUCAUUCAUAUAGCUGCAGUGUCUGUCGUCUGCCACAAAUAACACAACCAUUGUAUCAGUAUGUUGUAUCCAGAAAAUGGAAGUUGUUUUGGUUGUAAUAAAUUACACUAUCCUUUCAAAUGUUAAAAAGGUCAUGAUUUUCAAAAGCCUCUUAUAAUUAUACACUGUUUUAAAAUAAUUCUAAAAGGAAAUGUAUAAACUCUUCAGCUAUACUAUAACUCUGAGUUUUAAUUUUUUUCUUUUUUUCCAAUUUGUAUGAGAUAUCACGCUGUUAAAUUACAUUAGAUCGAAGAUGUUAAGCUGUCCUGUAGUAUCUGAUGCUGCCUCAUCUCUUAGAGUUUGGUGAAGAAUAGGUAAACUUCCUUGCGUGUAAUAUGUGUAAGAUAUGGAUGUGCAACUGAUGCUGCGUAAAAAUAGGUUGUAAUAGUGAACUGUUCAAAUUAUUAUUUAAUCAUAACUGAAUGCUCCAGUUUCUUGUAAAGUUUUUGCAUUUCAAUAUGUGGCUGUGUUGUUUUUUCUCAUUACUUAUUCUUUAAAUUCUCCCAGGAGCUGUUUUUCAUUAAUAAAACAUGCAGAAUCUUUUAGCAGAUCCUGUAAACCUUAAACUCCAGUAAUACCUUCUUUCUUUUAUGGCCUAUAGGUACUAAAAAUAAAAUUAAAUGAACAAAGGAGCCUUUACGCCCUCUGGCUUUUCUUCAUUUGAAAUCUGUAUGGAACAUUAGUCAUUAAUCUUCCACAUUGCCAUAUUAGGUUUCUUGUGGAGGGUUGUGUUAUACAUUGUGAUUGUGUGUGUGUGUGUGUGUGUGUGUGUGUGUGUGUGUGUGUGUGUGAG